AUGUCUUCUUUUCAUUCAGUUAUUUUCCAUUCAAAACCUUUUCAUUAUUUUUAUCUUUCAUAUUUUUUUCUUCAUUCGGUUAUUAUUUUAUUCCUAUUUAUUCAUUUAUAUGCAUUCCUUCCUUUUCUUUAUUAUUUGAUUCAUUUCUUUCAUUCAAUUCCUUUGACCUUCUUUUGCAUUAAGUCUUUCUUUGUAUUCAUUCAUUUCCUCCAUUUCAUUUAUUCUUUAUUUAGUUUCACCGAAUUCACAAUGGCGAUUUUUAUUGCUGGUAAUACAUUUUUUUUAUUUAUCUAUCUAUCUAUCUAUCUAUCUAUCUAUCUAUCUAUCUAUCCCAUUCGUUGUGGUAGUCAGCCCGUCUUUAUAACCAUUUACCGGAUGACUCGGUCUUCUUCCGAGCUCUUCAUUCAUGACACGGUCGGCGCAGAAAAUACCAAGCAGACCUCUGAAGUAAUUUAUCUCAGCAGCUUGGGUCCACUUUAG